AUGGGCGACGUCCUGCGGCUGGGCCUCGGCCCCGCUCGCGCCGAUGCCGUCGCAGACGCUGCCGCGGGCGUCGCCGCGGGCGCCGCCGCGGGCGCUGCCCCGGGCGCCGCCGGGGGCGCUGCCGCGGGCAGCGGCGGGCAGGGGCACGGCGGCGACGCCGAUGCCGAUGCCAUGCAGGCUGCGCAGAGGCUCGGUUUGCCGCGGCUCGCUGGAGGGCAGAGGCGAUUGCCGAUCGGCGCGCGGCGCCGCUCAGAUGCGCACGUGGAGCUGAUCCGCGAGAAGAGGAACACGGCGCAGCAUAAGAGGGCAGCGGAGGCAGCCGCCGAGAAGUUCGCCAGGCUGGGGAGGACGUGCCAUCGCGCGCCGGCGGCGAUCACCACCGCGUCCGCGCUGGCCCACAGCGCCACGAUGUCCGCGGCGAGCGACGUGCUGAAGGGCAUCCAGAGGCCGAUGGUCGUGAAGCGCGGGUACGACGCUACCCCGAUGCUCGUCCAGUUCUGGGCGAUGCAGGUCUUGCUGGAGGAGCACGCUCGGUACUUGAUCAACGCUUGGGGCGGCGAGAGAUGGGCGGCGGCGCCGCUGUCUGAGCAUCGGCGCCAGUGCCCGCAUGCCCCGUCCUUGCGCGGGGUCGUGGAGGUGAUGGCCGUCCAUCUUGAGGUGAGGUGGGUGUCCGACGAUUCUGAUGCGAUCGAGCAUCGACGCAUCAAGUGCCCCCCAGUGGUGCCCCAGGCUGCCAACGCAUCGCGCGCGUUCGAGGCCGUCAGGAAUGCCUGCAGGGAUCUGGACGUCGAUUCGCUCAACAGGGCUUCUGAGGGGCAUGGCGCGUGGAUCAUCCUUGCUGAAUCUCCCGGUGCUUGCGGCCCCAAUCGUCGGCUCCAAGCGUUCACCCAGUCUCUGUUGGGGCCCAAGGUGUUGCAUGUACCUGGCCAAUGUCUUGCCCAUCGUCUCCAUCGUAUCCUGGCGAAGCGCACUGCCGAGGAAGAUGUUGUUGGAUGCGUUCAUGCAGUAGCUUUCGUGUUCAGGAUUGCGUCCGGGAAGAAACAGUGGCGGCCGGCAUUGCGACGCCUGAUCGACGACGAGCUGGCCAUCGCGGCAGGCCCUGCGGACCCCGAGAACAUUGGUCGCAACCGUCUGGCCGCGGAACAGACGUUGCUGAGAUUCCACGAGAGGGCCCGCAGCAAGGCCAAGGUUGGCGUCGAGACCUCUCUCGAGGAAGGCCCCCAGCAGACGACGCAAGCGGCGGCGGGUUCACUCGUCCGCAGGCUCGGCGGGGAUUGGAGGACCAAUCGAGUGAUCACGCACUCGCCUGCCUUGGUUGACGACCCGAACGGCACCGACCCCCAGGAGAUCCGAGAGAGGGCGCGCGACGAGAUUCACGCUGCUCUAACCAGCUCUUUCUUGUUUGGUGGCAUUGCCUCAGUUCCAUCGAAGAGCAGCCGGGGGACUUGCAGCCAUCACCUGGGCGCCCAAGUGCGCGGCGAACUAUUCCGCGGCUUGCUCGGCAGGGCGCGCGAGAUGGCAUGGCCCCGGGAAGCCGCCGAGGUGGCGGCCGACUCCGACGAGGACAAAGACCAGGAUUAUCACAAGCAAGUGAAGUCCAAGAUCCGCAGGACUCUCAAGUGGACGGGCAGCAAGGCGCACAUGAGGUUCGCCAGCGUCGUCUCUGCAGCCAGCGAGCCCCUCGACCACCUCCUGAUGCAGGCCCAGCACGACUCGGAGGAUGGCAACUUCGUGAUCCGCCACUUCGGCGAGAACGGCCCUGUGACAGAGGCCAUGACCGCGUGGCAUGACAUGCUGACUGGGCCCGUGGAAGAGACUUCGCUGGGCAUUGUGUUUGAUUUCUUCGGGGGCGACAGUUUCGAGUCCUUGCAUGCGCUGGCGACGCGGCGCUUCGAGGUCGCUCUCGACAUGAUGGCGCAGAUCUGGUUCUGGAUCGUCGAGCAUUUCAACCGGUUCCCUUUCAAGGUCGCCAAGAUGUUCUGCGCGGUUGCGACUCCAGAGGGCGUCCACGCGGUCCUGGGCGAGCUGUUCAGCACGCCGGCGCGCUGUCUGGACUCCGGCUUCACUCGGAAGGUCGUGGAUGCUUUCCCUGACAAAGACGCUUUCAUGAGGGACGAGAGCAUGAUCACAGAGGCCCUGUUGGCGUGGGCGCGCUCUACGCUGGUGGAGAACAUGGGCGUGGAGAGGAUGCUCGCUCUCUUCCGCAGGUGCGCCAACUCGAAGGCCCCGCUCAUCGAUCGCCUGCUGGGGGCUGGGCAUUUGGCUCAGCUGCGCAGCCUGCGCGUCGAGGGCGGCGGCAGGGGCCCGUCGACGACGACGCGCGACCGCAUCCUGGGCGCCCCCGCCAUCGCGAACGAGAAGCGCGCGAAGAAGCGGGCCGCCACUUGCCGAGGUGCCAUGCUCUAUAUGCUUGACGAGGUUGCCAGGCGGAAAGAGGCGGGCAUGAGAUUGUCCAGGGUCGGGCACUACCAGGAGCGCCGGGCGUUGCUCGCCGGGUUCGCGGACGAGCGCGAGGCGGCGAGGAGUCGGUACGAGAGCGACGCCGAGAUGAGGAACGCGGCGAAGCGACGCCGGGAUGACGCUGAUGAUGACGACGUCGGGUUCGACGCGGUCGACUCGUGCGCCCUCGCAGCGGGGCCCCACUUGUUCGGCCUGUCCUCGAUCGAUGAGCCGAUCCGCGUCGACGUCGUCGAGUCGGGGGCGCAGCGCUUGAGCGGCUCCGAGUGCCGCAAGGGCUUCGCGGGGCUGCGCCAGCACGGCUUGGACUUCGUGCGGGGCUUGUUCUGCCCCGACGCAGGGGCGGUGGAGUCUCGGGGGGAUUUGCCGCCGCGGCAGGCGGAGGCCGCCGACCUGGCGCAGGUGGAGGGCCCGCCGAUCGAGGUAGGCGAGCGAUGCUCGUCGUUCUGGAAGGCCCAGUUCAACGCGUCGAUGGAGUACGUUAGCGGUCUCGCCUGCGAGGAGGAUCUUGAGAAGCAAGGGUUCCUCCACGACCAGUUCCCCUUGCUCCGCCGCUCGUGCAGGGACGUAUCAGACUUGCGGCAAGGCAAGGCCACCAACUUGAUCACGGGCGUAGUGGAUGCGGUGCCCUUCACGGAUGGUUGCGCCAUGGGUUUCACAUGCGGCCCGAGGUCACCUGCCAACCCGAAGGCCCGCUCGAACUUGAACUGCGUCCAGCGAGAUACGGACGCCGCGACUAAUGAGACCCUCAGGGGCAUGAACUACGCUUGCGACGCGUUCGUCUCCGAUGCUAGUGUUUACGGUUCGUGGCCUCGUCGCACUCGCCUCUACAUCGUCGGCUUCCUCGAGGACUCAGCUGAGAACCGCUCCAGGUUGGAUCUGGCGCGCAGGAUCUUGGGCGCCAUGGGGCGCGGCCCAGGCCGAGCCGCCAAUGUGAUCAUUGCGGACCCGCGCAAGUUACCGGCUUCGGUCGACGACGGCAUGUUCCCCCCGAAGAAGAAGCCGAAGCAGGACAGGAAGGACGAGCCAAACUACAAGAGUGAGCACAUGGACAUCUUCGCGGCCUGCAAGCUCGAGUGGCCUCCGAAUCUAGAGCCGUCCGACCCGACCAGGCGUGAGCUCAGGAUGGCCGUCGACGUCAACGAGUCUUUGAGGCGGCUUGUGUCCUUCGAGGACGGCGCUGCCGACAUCAAGAACCCCUGGAAGCACCCGCACUUGGGCACGCUCGCCGGGCACUCGCGUUGGCUCCUCCGGCUGCCCGGCAACGGGCCCCGCCUCAUGACCGGUUUCGAGUCCAUGCGCGCCAUCGGCUGGGACGUCGAGGAUUGGACUUCCCCCCCCUGCGGGAUGGCCGCCAACAGUGAGUUGGGCUGCAAGUUGGCGGGCAAUGUUUUCUCCGGCUUUGCAUGCGCGGCCUUGCUCACAGCCGCGUGCGCGGCCGGGGGCCUUCCGCAGCGGUUCUUGGACAUCAGCGAGAUCGAGUUGCCGGAGGCGUUGCAGCCCGACGCGGGCGCGACGCGGCCAGAGGGCGCCGUUUUGCCGUCGCUUGCUCUGCCGCCAGACGUGGGCGGCGCCAGGACGGAGAAGUCGCGCAGGCCGAAGUCGAGAAAUCCGGAGGUGUUCGGGGACAUGCAGGAUUUGGCGGAGGACACCAUCGGCGACGGCGCCUCGCACCCCGAGAAGAAGAAGAGGGGCAAGGACGAUUGGAACAGGGACCUCCUGGACCACGCGCCAUCAGAGAGGGUGUGCAAGUUGUGCUUCGGGAAGGAUUCUGACCCGGACCCGUGCGGGCUGCGUCGUUUCAGCACGUGGGGGUGCACCAGGGAGAACGACAGGGGCGAGCGGAUCACCGAGGGCGCCGUGUGCUACAUCUGCUUGCGCGUGUAUCAGGCCCGCUACUUCCCGAAGUGCAAGAUGAAGGACAUGGCGCAGCUGCUCGGUCGCAGCCAGGAUGAGCUAAACAAGUUCAAGAAUUUCCCCGAGAUCUUGAUCAAGAAGGUCAAAGAGGGGAGCACGACCUACCCGAAGUUGGACUGGGACCAGGAGGAGACCUUGAGCCGCGUCAGCGAGGGCAAGAUGAUCCAUGAGGAGCCCGCGGAGCUCCUGAUUCCCCUCUCGGAGUACGUGCCGGAGCACGGGGGCCCCCGCGCGAACGGCUUGGGCCAUUCCAUUGAGAGGAACAGCAAAGGCGUCGAGUGCGCGGUGGCCCCAGGGAGUAACAUCGAGAAGCGGAAGCGCCAGCGAGUGGAGAAGGCAGUUUUGUCGAGGACCAUCGACAACGGCGCGAACAAGAUUGGCGGCGGCCAGCUCGAGGAUAAGAUGCGGCAGCAGCUCUGGCUGGGCCAUGGCGAGCUCUAUCUCAAGUCCUCCAGCGCUGCGGGGCAGUGCCGCAGUUGCCAACAGUCCAGCGAAGCCUUUGACCCCCCCGUCCGGAGCAGCAAGUCAAGGUCUGGGAAGGCUGAGGGCAGCGCGCCCGCCGAGAAGGAAGGCUUGGACGAGAUCGGGGACCUUGGCGGCAUCACCGCGCGGGGCUUCGGCAUGAUCGGGCGGGCCCCUCCCGCCCCCGCCCUUGGCCUCGAGGCCGAGCAAGCUGCGCCCGCGGCUCGCGUCAAGGCCGCGGGUCGUGCCAGGACGAAGGCGGCCGCCGCCGCAGGCGUCGCCCCUGCCCCCGCCGCGCCUGCCCCGGGCAGCCAGGCAAAGGCCAAGGCGAAGAGCCGUGGCCGACCACCCAAGGAUCACUCGGUCUCCUAUCGCGUGGACCUCCAGGAGUUCGCGGCCGUCACGUCGGAUGUCACGUUGCCAGGCUUCAGGAAGUUUCUCGGGCCUGAGUGGAAGACGGCGGAGAAGAAAGUCAAGUGCAAUCUGGCACAUGUGACCAUGCGCGUCGACAACAGCGGCGCCGUCGAUGAAUACGACUUAUUCAUGCAGGACAAGAAGCGCACCGAGGCCCUCAUCACGAUCUGCAACGCGCACGCGAAGUUUGACUCGGACGGCGGCGGGAGCUUCUUCUUCACUUGUUUCAGCGAGGUUGAGAAUUUCCUGGCCAUGGGGCCAGUUGCACUCAUGGAGUGGCCGCAGCCUGUCUUGAAGGAGGUUGCCAUUGCGAAGAUCACCAGGUCCAAGGGCAGGGACUUCUGGAACGAGGCGAUGCUCAAGACACUCACGUUGGCGAAGUUCGAUGAGCCCGAGAAGCAGCAGCUUGACUUUAUAUCUGACAAGGUCUUGGUGAUAACGGAGCGCGGCGCUCAGGACGACGUCAUCCGCGGCCUCAGCGACCUGCGUUCGCCCAUGGAGCUCCGAGGCCCUCCGACCGCGGACGCGGCAUUGAGAGAGAGGCAGGCUUUGGAGAAGGACGUGGAGAAGAUCAAGGGGCUCGCGCUGCAGGUCCACGCCUGCCGUUCGAGGCCACAGUCGCCCAUUGGCAGCCUUGUGUUCGCAGAGGACUGCUCGAUCACAUCAAGCACGAAGCGCGCGCAGAACAUUCGCAAGAUCCCGAACCGCACGAGUUCGAAUGUCGUUGCCCCGCUGCUGGUCUCUUCGCUCAAGCCCGCUGUCGAUGCAUUCCAGGCUUGUUCGUCGUUGGCUUUGCGGUACCUCGAGAAGUCUUACGCGAGGAGGGCAGACUCCACGGACAAGCUGCAGCACGCGAAGGACGCAGUGGCCUUGAAGGCGCUAGCCGUCGCAAAGAAGGAGGCGGGCGUGAAGGAGCGGGCCUCGGUGAGUUCGAGGCUCGCCGCCGUGCUCGCCGACAAGACGGCGCCAUGGUUUGCUGACGAGCCCUCGAACGAGAAGGUGAGGGCCCUCAUUUCAAACGUAAUGAGCACGCUGGAGUUCGACGCCAAGCUGAAGGACAUGGCCGCGAGUGCCCUCGCGCCCUUGGCCCAGAAGAUCGCCGACUCGUACAAAUCAUUCGUCCCGGAGGUUUCGACGGAGAUCCCGCUGGGCGCCGCCGCUUUCGUCGACGGGGCCAUGGAGAACACGGCGCGGGAUUAUUUCGACCAUCGCUUGGGCGGCCAGUUCGGGCUCAUCUGCAUGAUUGGUCUCGCCACGAAGCCUUUGCGCCAGCUGCAUCGCGCUGUCUUGAAAGCCGAGAGCCGUGAGGACAGCCGAAUCGCGCCCGACCUGGCGAAGUGCGCUUUUGACCAGCGCGUGAAGCUUGGCUUGCUGGAGGGGCCCAAGCAGCGCGUCGACGUGGGCGCGCUCUUCGGCGGCGCGGUUUCGGAGGACGUGCGCGUCGCCACUUUGGACAACCUGGUCGCCAUCGGUCUGCCUGAGGCUGCGCGCCAAUGUUACGACGUCCUCGAGGCGACGGCCAGUAUUUGGGAGAAGGAUGUGCCGGAGCUGCGUGGCGCGAUCGCGAAUCGGAUCCCGAGCGGGCUGGGCCAGGUCGCGAAGCGCGAGGACUUCCUCGACAUGGAUGCGGCGGCGUCCAAGUUGCUGGCGGAGCUGGGUUCUCGGCUCGGCAGGCCCCAGGCGAUGGUUCAGCAGAGGAUCAGAGAUCUCGAGAACGGCGACGCGAGCGCGGCCAAGGACUACAAGGCCAUGAAGGAGCAGAUGGAGAGCGAGCUGUUCGGCGAGGCCCGCGCGGCGCUGCAGCUGUUCCGCGCUGCAGCUGACGGCGAGCGUCUGAGGUCCUUCGUCGCGAGCCAGAGGAACGCAGCUGACAGGAUCAUAGACGAAGAUGAUAUGAUGCAGCAGUACCACAUCGGGCUCGUGAACCA